AUGCUUUUUACAGGUCAUAUACAAUCACUUGUGGCAGCUUCGGACGAAGUUCGGAACGAAGUGGAAAAGUUCAAGAGCGCUUUUACAUUAGCAGCAGACAAGGCUGGCAAAUCUUUGGUGUGCUUCGAACGUAAUUACCGUACCCAACAUCUUCAAGUACAAAUGGUACCGAUACCUAAAAGUUCCGUUAAAGCAUUGCGUGGAGCAUUUCUAAAUGCGGCUAGUCUUGCUGGAAUCGAACUGGUUGUGCUGGACCAAAGUGAGCAGCUAGGCGAUCUUGUGAAUGAGGGAUGUCCGUACUUCUUCGUAGAGAUGCCGGAUGGAUCACGGUUAUUCACUCGACAAAUGAAGAAUUUUCCCUUGCAGUUUGCUAGAGAGGUGUCUAGCAUUAGUCCUGCUCACUGGGCUGCGCUACGCAUUCAAGAUUCAUUUUAA